AUGAAGUCGCUGGCUGGCUCAUUCCUGGGACUCCUUUUCCUUUUAUCAGCUCCUGUUACAUCAGUUUACGCUGCCUCUGAACCUACGGGCAAGAAAGAUGGACUCUCCCUGUGUAUUGCACGCUCUCCGUCUACCGGCCUCUACUACGAUCUGAAUGCUAUCUCGGUAUCUCAUCCGGGUCCCUCGGACGGCAAAAAAAGCAGCAAGAACGCGCCAAAGGAAAGCUGGCAUGCAAAGGGCCAUGACUACCAUGCCAACUUUACACUCAAUAUCUGUGCACCCGUCGUCGAAGACAUAAAGGAUGUGGUGGGGGUAGAGCGCGACAGGUGGAAGAAUGUCAGCGCCUAUUACGAGAAGCAGGGGAAGAUAUACUCCAUUGGAGAACAAGCCGCGCAACCAUUCUUCCGCGGCCGCAAGCUUGUGUUGAAUUACACUAAUGGCUCACCUUGUCCUGGCGAGCAGAUCGGACAUAGUUCGCGGAAUAAGUCGACGAUCAUGUCUUUUCUGUGCGAUCGUGAUGCUCUUUCCCACCAGGCCAUUGCGUCUUUCGUCGGCACCAUGGAUCAGUGCACAUACUUCUUUGAGGUUCGAAGCUCGGCCGCUUGUGGCAGCAUUGGUCACGCCAAUGGUGAAGGCCUGGGGCCGGCGGGUGUUUUUGGUGUGAUUGCUCUGAUUGCCGUCGCCGCGUACUUGGUUGGUGGUUGUGCCUACCAGCGAACCGUCAUGCACCAGAGAGGCUGGAGACAAUGUCCAAACUAUAGUCUGUGGGCGGGCAUCUUUGAUUUUGUAAAAGACAUGUUCAUCAUCCUCUUCUCCUCCCUGGGCCGUCUUUUCCGUAUCAGACGUUCCCCCACCCUCGGACACGGCCGCGCAAAUGGUUCAAGCGGCGGUUUCAUCGGGGCGAUCGGCGGCCGUCGAGGACGAGACAGCUAUGCGUCCGACGUCGACGCGGAGAACCGUCUCAUAGACCAAUUGGACGAGACCUGGGAUGAUUGA